CAUGCGGGGAGGGAGCGGGCUGCCCCAGCCGGUCCCAAGGCUUUUCUUGCCGCAGCUGCAGCACAGGGAUGUCUGCCUCUCCCCGCCGCCCCCUGGGUCUUCUCCCCCUGCUCCUCACCCUGCUCUAUCUGCACCCCGGCUCUGCCUCCCGCAUUAAGGACAGCAGUGAGGUGUGGGAUGAAGAUGUGACUGAAUGGUGGGGAGAAUGGAGCUCAUGGUCAACAUGCACUCGGACCUGCGGAGGAGGAGUCAUGUCAAGGGAAAGGCAUUGUCUACGUCAGAGGCUACAGACAGUUCAGGGAACAGACAGCAAUGUCUGUAAAGGCCAGUCCAGGAAGUAUCAGCUGUGCCAGACACAGCUGUGCCCACCCGGCUCUGUGAGCUUCAAACAAUAUCAGUGUUCUGCUUUUAAUGCAAAGCCUUUUGGAAAGCUGUAUCAUCAUUGGGUGCCAUUAUACCCAGAUGAUUACACCAGCAUCUCCAGUAAGCCCUGCGAUCUGCAGUGCACCAGUACCACUCGAGAAAGGCAGCUCCUGGUGCCAGCCCAUGACGGAACAAGCUGUCGAGACAGGACCUACCACGGAGUUUGUAUCGGCGGCAAGUGUGAGCCCGUGGGGUGUGAUGGGAAGCUCCAUUCGGGCAGGUAUUUAGAUCGGUGCGGUGUUUGUGGUGGCAAUGGAAGCGGCUGCUACAGGGUUUCUGGAAGCUUCAGACUGUGUGUCCUGGGUUACGCUUUAAUCGCAACAAUACCACUGGGAGCCUUUGAUAUCCUAAUCACAGAGAAAAGGAAUACUGAAAAUAUUCUUGCUCUGGCAGACUCUGCUGGGAAUUUUUACAUAAAUGGAAACACGGUGAUGGAUAACCCCCAGAAUUUCCGUGUUGCCGGGACGCUAGUGAAGUAUCGGCGGCCAUCGAAUUUGCAAAGUGAGGGACUGGAAUAUCUAACUGCACCAGGACCCACCAACCAGUCCCUCAGUGUCAUGUAUUAUAAUUUCAACGGGAAGAUCCCUCUUAUAACCUAUGAAUACACUGUGCCUCUCGUCUCGGAACCACCGCGCAUCCUUCAUUCUGGAGCCAGAGACCCCCCACAUCUUGCACCUAGCAGUGUGCAAGGUGAGGCCCAAAAGGGCUCAGAAGGCAAUUUUCGGAAUCUACCAGAUAAUACCUGGAAUUGGGAGAAUCACCAGGGGGGAGAGGGUUCCUUCAUACACCCAGAAAGAACCAGCAAGGAACAAGUUCCUGGAGAUGACGAAGAAACAGAAAGCCUCUUGCCCAGCACAGAUGCCCCAAGGGGAUUGCUCCAGAGUGAAUUGUGGAGACUCUGUGAUCACCAGAGUAACUCUGCCCUGUGCCAAACACUGUUUGGUGGCAGCCCUGGGGCACACGCAGAGUCUGCCCAGGAAACAGACCAACUCAGGGAGAGUCUGAUGCUGCCAGCUGUAUUUCAACAUCUUGGACCAGUGCCUGGGACUCAAGAACUUCAUGCCCCAGGCUCUAACAGCGACACAGCAGGUGGUCAGGACAUCAGCCGCGCGGAUAUGUAUCGCUGGAAGUUAUCCGCGUACUCACCCUGUAGCGCUACGUGCAGUUCAGGAAUCAUCUCUGCGUAUGCUUUAUGCAUCCGAUACGAUGGGAGGGAGGUGGAUGACUCACACUGUGAUCCCAUGACGAGGCCGGAACCCACACAGGAAUAUUGUGCUGGAAGGGAGUGCAUGCCCAGGUGGGAGUCUAGUGGUUGGAGUGAAUGCUCACAGAGCUGUGGACAAGGGGUACAGCUGCGCUCAGUCCGAUGCUGGAAGAUGCUGGCACCAGGAUUGGAUAGUUCUGUGUAUGACGAGCAGUGUGAAGGUGCUCAGCUACAGCGGCCACCUCAGAGGAAAAUAUGUAAGAGCAAACCUUGUGGACCUCAGUGGGAUUCAUCAGACUGGUCAGAGUGCACGGCUGCUUGCGGAUCUGAAGGCCUGAUGCGACGGGAGGUGAAAUGUACUUCAGAUUUCGAACAGUGUGAUGAGUCCUUCAAACCUGAGGCUGAGAAGUCAUGUUUAGGCCCUCCCUGUGACCAUUACUGGACAACAUCAGAGUGGGGACCGUGCAGUAAGACUUGUGGAUCAGGACAGCAAGUGCGAGAAGUUAAGUGUUUUCAAGGACAGGAGGUGGGCCAAGGAUGUGACCCAGCUACAAAACCAGAGACCAAACAGGCAUGCCAACUUCAGCCAUGCCCAACAGAGGCCCCAGAUGAAAACUGUGAAGAUAAGGCUACAGCCAACUGUUCCUUGGUGCUAAAAUUGAAGCUCUGCUCACACUGGUAUUACCGCAAGGCUUGCUGCCGUGCUUGUGGGGCUAAAGCCCCUUGACUGUCAUCACUCAUCGAACUUCCUACCUUAUUUUUGUGAAUUGUGUAUGUUUUGGGAUACACCAGGUGCUACUAUUAAUAACCCUGCAGUCCCGUUAUUGGGGGAAUGUAGUUGAUAGAAGAAAGGGAGAGGAUUGUCAGUGGUUAAUUUACCUCUUGAUUUAAAACAUUUUUUUUUUAUUUUUUUUUUAUUUAAGCGUAUGGUGUCUAGUGAUAAACCUGCUGUUUUAAUUAUGUGAAUCUAUAAACAACAGUGCCUCAAAUUGUUACCUCCUGUAUGGUGCUAAGAGCUUUACAAUUCAUUGCCCUCACAACGUAUCAUUGUAUCUCUCGGUGGCAUCAACGGAGCAACCUUUAUAGAGUUCUAUGUUUUACAGAUGAGUUGGGCAUUAGCUGCUGUGACAGAUGUAGUCGGAUUCUUCUUUGUUACUAAA